AUGAAGCUCCUGUUCGCCGCCUUCUUCCUAUUCUCCCUUCUCUCCUGCACACUAGCACGACCGAACUACAAAGACAUCGACUACAGACUAUUCCAAGAAGUCGAUGAUGGAGGCAUCGCCAUUGACGCUGUCUACGAGGUCGUCGAUCCAGAAACCAAACCACACCACCACCACCACCAUCACAAGAAGAUGGCCAAGAGCAACCGUCUGGACCGUCUGAAGAGAUAUCUUCGAGGAUUCGAGGAGGAAUCCAAGAGAAAUUUCUAG